AUGCAAAUACCCAUCGCUGCUACCACGGUUAAUGCCUACCCGACAGAGUCACUGCAUCUUUCUGCCCCUGAAGAUGGAUCGCAACCCGGGGCUGGCUACGAAAAGUGGUCGUCGUUCAUUGGCAUUGUUACGGCAAUUGUGGGAAAUCUUCUCAUCUCCUUUGCUCUGAACACUCAGAGAUACGCGCACAUCCUCAUAGACCGCGAGUACUCCCAGUCGAGAAAAUCCUUCGCGAAUGGACACACCACCCCCGGGCAUAUGCCUGGUCACGCCGACGAAGCGCAGGAAGAGAUCGCGGAGGAACGAAGGAGAAAGAAUCUCCAGAUAUCUGAUCACAAGAGAAGUGUGGAUGAAGAACCGGGCGAACCGGCACAUCGUUCCUCUCAGGAGACUCUACAGCCUCCCUUGGGAGCCGCUCAGCAGGACCGUCGCCGAGAGAAAGACUCCACCAACGACCUUGAGAGAGCGUCAUAUCUCAAGUCGCCAUACUGGUGGCUAGGCUUGGUGUUGAUGAUCAUUGGGGAAGCUGGCAAUUUCCUUGCCUAUGGCUUCGCUCCUGCGUCCAUCGUCAGCCCCUUGGGUGUCGUCGCCUUGAUCUCAAAUUGUCUGAUUGCGCCGCUCAUGCUCAAGGAGCGCUUCCGUCGGCGUGAUCUGUACGGAGUCCUGGUUGCAAUUGCCGGCGCUGUCACGGUGGUUCUGUCCGCCAGAAGCAGUGAGGCUAAAUUCGGACCAGGUGAACUGUGGAAGACCAUAAAGAGAUGGGAGUUCCUCCUCUACGUCAUCAUCACCGUGGUGCUGAUUGUGGCUCUGAUGUAUCUAGAGCCAAGAUAUGGUCGCAAGACCAUACUCGUCGACCUUGGUCUGGUGGCAUUAUGUGGAGGCUAUACCGCGCUCUCCACCAAAGGCGUCUCGUCGCUUUUGUCGGUGUCCCUUUACAAGGCGUUUACGUUUGCCAUCUUCUAUUUCCUCGUCCUUGUUCUCAUUGCCUCGGCGCUCAUGCAGAUUCGAUAUCUGAAUCGUGCUUUGCAGAUCUACGAUUCGACGCAGGUCAUACCAACACAAUUUGUACUUUUCACUCUUUCUGUCAUUAUUGGCUCGGCGGUGUUGUACCGAGAUUUUGAACAUACUACAUUGGACAAGGCAAUCAAAUUUAUCAUUGGAUGCCUUUUGACCUUCUUUGGCGUAUAUCUCAUCACGAGCCAACGUCACGAGAUGGGCGAAGCGGAAGAAACUGCUCGAGACGAGGAGGAGACGAUACAGCUUCUCGACGAGGAAACAGAAGACGUCAACGAGCGGACACCAUUAAAGCGGGAUGCACCCAAACUGACGGGUGCACCAACAGACGGGUAUCCUGUGGUCUUCGAUUCAGAGCCAGCCCAAGCUGCUACUGCUACGCCACGGACGCCACGACGAUUGUCGAGCGCAUCUUCGAUAGUUCCCUCAAUCUCGGUCACACCUGCUGAACCUUCUGAGGACCUUAUUUCCAACCCCUGGCUCUCUUCCACCGAGCAAAUCGAUGCUUCGUUACCACCGCUAACACCUCAGGUCGGCGGAAUUCGCGACGAAUCCACAUCCUUCUAUACCCCGGCCACGUCAAAACACCUCGAGCGCUCUGCUUCCUCGCCUGCAGAGCCAGAAACACCCUCGAAACCAUCCGGGACUCCUCGACCUCCGAGCCCAGAUCGCUCCGCAAGACUUACGCCCGUUGACAAUUCGCCUGCCCCUAGUUUCCUCGCCCGUGGCUCUAGAGGAAGCAUAUCUCGCCUUUUCCCCGUCCCAGGCCCGCUUUUACCGCCUCUUUCGAACUCGCUCAGUGCUUUGGUGGCGGAUUCAUUGCUAAAAGGUGAAGGGGCACCCCGUUCCGUGCGCGCUGCGCUCCGUCGAUCCCGUUCCGGGAGGCACUCUAUUGACGACCGACGACGGACUGUUGCUGUAAGUGAAGACGCCGACGGAUAUGAUCCGCUAGCGGCGUUGAAUAUGCACUGGCAGAAUCGCAGCGCCGACAGUGCUCAAGAUUUAAGUCGUGCACAGACGCAUGAAGCGAGACCGGGUGGGGUUCAGGGAGGUAAUGGCAUCGAGGUGGACGUGGAGAGUGACAUGGGUAAGAGGAGAACAAGACUAAGGGCGUUGAGUGAAACCCUGAGCGGGAUGAUGGGUCGCCACUCUUCAGGGAGAAAGUGGAGGGAGAAUGAUGGCAAAGGAAAAGAUGCACCCGGGGAUCGAUUUGGUGGUGGUGGUGGUGGUGAUGCUAGGAGGAGUGCAAGGAGAGAUGAGAACGGCUAUUCAUGA